AUGUCUCAGCAGGCGCCUGGGCUCGCAGACCUGGAGAAAGAGCUAGGAUGCUCGAUCUGCACAGAGCUCCUCUAUCAACCCCUCACUCUCCUCGACUGUUUACAUACCUACUGUGGGUCUUGUGUGAAAGAAUGGUUUACCGCUCAGGCGUCGCGUGAAAAAUCUCAAGGCUCCCCCAGAUUUACCUGUCCUUCAUGCCGUGCCGAUGUGCGCGGUACUCGCCCUAAUGCCACCGUGACAACACUCUUGGAUAUGGUCUUGAUGGCCAAGCCAGACCGGGGCAGGUCGGAAGCUGAGAAGCAGGAGAUUGCAGAACGAUACAAGCCGGGGGACUCAGUCUUCCCACCGCCGCGAACGGAAGCGGAGAGUUCAGAAGAUGAGGAUGAUCAACGACUUAUGGAGGAGGUUCGCGAUGUGAGUCUUCGUGAGAAUCGGGUACACUCGCGGCGAGAAGAACGACGCGAAGAACGGCGCAGAACGCAACCAGAAACCAGCCGAGCGAGGAGCAGCAAUCCCGAGAACAGGCACACAGAUGAUGGGAGGUCUCGACGGAGGCGAGAGGAGGACGCCGAACGGCAGCGGCGCAUAGAACGAGCCCAGGCUGAGUCCGAGCAUGCCAGGCGUGUCGAGCACCAGUCAAGUUUGCGAUCACUGAUCAGCAUGUCAUCUGAGACUGAGACAAUGGAACAAGAGAUUCUACGGCAGAUUAUGGAGGAAGGACUGCUCCAAGAUAUCGACCUCGAGAGCCUUGGCCCUGCACAAGAGGAGGAGCUCAGUGAGCGAAUUGCGGCUGCCUACCGUCGGAAGCACAUGGAACAAUCGGGUGCACGUCCAGCGCAAAGACCGAGGCAGUCGUCCGAUGGCACCCAUCGUUCGCAUGGGCGAUCGAAUUCAGCCCACAGAUCGGGUGAAAUAACUACUACAUCUCGAGACGCCAGUGACAGACGACCACCCUUAUCCAGACCCCAUCUACUUGACUCAGCUGCUCCUCACCCGCCUCCAAAUCAUCACCGAAGUAACUCGGAACAGGGCAGUGGCAACCGGAGAGCGUCACCUGUUCGAGUAAACCAAGCAUCAAAUUCCGACGACACUUUGCGGCCUGCGGUUCGUUCUUCGAGCGACAUGACAAGUGAGCGUCCUCGUAGCUCUCACAAUGGGAGAGAGUCGUCUUCUCAACGGUCGCGACGAGCUACGGGAUCAGAACAGCCCACCUCUGAUGUAUGGACAGGAGGGAGAGAACGAGCUUCCGCCAGACAAACCAGCAGUCAAUCCGUCACUAACUCUCCUACUUCCGCGGCACCAUCAAAUGCAUCCCAUACCUCAACUCCACCCGUUCCUGUCAGAUCUGAUAGACGACCGAGGCCAGCUUCUUCGCGACCAAAUGCCCCUCCAUCUUCAAAUCUGCAGUACGCUGAACCUUCCAUCUCAUGCGACCGAUGCGGGAAAACAAAUAUUCAAUACGACUUGCAUAAGAGAUGCCUCAAGUGCAAUGAUGGAAAUUAUCACCUCUGUUUACAAUGCUAUCGGUUGGGUCGGGGCUGUCUUCAAUGGUGUGGGUUCGCUUCAACCGCGCAGUCCACAUUUGAACGAAUGCUGGCAUCAUCAAAUGGUCAGCCAGUGACCGAACGUGAAGGUGGCCAUAUACUCAGCUCCUUUAAAUAUCAGCGGCCUGUCGACACGGCUCAAAUUACCACGAAUGGAGAGAUGCAAAUGACAAAUGAUAACCCAGCCCAUCGCCUGGAAGUUGGGCUAUUCUGCGACAUUUGUAGGUCCUCCGCGAAUGAGUGCUACUGGAAGUGCAGCCGCUGUAACGAUGGAGAUUGGGGAUUCUGCAAUCGCUGUGUCAAUCAAGGCAGAUGCUGCACUCACCCUCUGCUACCGGUUCGUUACCUAAGUGGCACUUCAGCUCCGAAUUCAUCCGCCCCGGUCGCAGUGCACAACGCACCUGUUGAAACUCUGGGGAGCUACAAAAUCCUUUCAUUUUCUACCAAUUGUGACAUCUGCACCUAUCCGAUUCCGGCCUCGGUUACGAGAUUUCAUUGUCUUCAAUGCAAUUCGGGGGAUUAUGACGUCUGUACGAAUUGCUAUUACAAGCUUGUGGCAACCUCAAAGAUUAGCAAGGAGAACGGCUACAGUGGCUGGCGCCGGUGCCUGGCUGGUCACCGAAUGAUUAACGUUGGCUUUGAGGACCACCAAGAUGGCCAGAGACGUGUUGUGGUGAAAGCCCUAGUUGGUGGUCAUGCUCUGAAAGAUGAGCACGUUAACCAAUCACCUACAUCACCGACCGCAACUGCUCCUAUCGCAUCUCCCGAGCUGGGCAUUGGUGAUUGGAGCUGGAAGGAGGGACAAGAUCGUCGCAAAAAGGCAUCUCGUGCACGUAACUCUCUCACCUUCCCCAUCAGGUCACAUUCCUCAGAUGCGGACUCUGUAUCUCAAAACGGCAACACUCCUACCUCUCAACAUGCCUCUGCUCUCCGCCGUUUCCCGCCCGAUGGAGGUGUUGGUCUCAUUGUCUUCGCACUGUGGUCAUAUUACCCUGAGGAAGGGGUGCAGGAUGAGCUCGUCUUUCCUCGUGGUGCCGAUAUUACAGAAGUCGAGAAUAUCAACGAUGACUGGUUCUGGGGGUGCUACGCUGGCCGUACGGGGCUCUUCCCUGGAUCUCGUGUUACUCCUGUGGGAGAGAUUCAGUAA